AUCACUCUACAAGGAGAAGAAAGAAUUAGUUGGUUCUAGAAGAAUUAAAAAUUUUAAAGAAAUGUGGAAGCGUAUAAGCGACGAGAUGAGAAACUCGGGAUACGACGUGACUCCUAUACAAGUGGAAAAUAAAUGGAAGACUUUAGAAAGACAAUAUAAAAAAGUUAUUUCCAAUAAUAAUAAGACAGGAAGAGGGCGGAUUACCUGUAGUUACCAAACGUUUACGUAUAGCUAAAAUUGAAAUAAUAAUAAAUCAUAAUAAAUUGAUGCUUUAUUUUUACUUACAUGCUUUUACAGGGAACUGACAGAAAUUUUGGGAAAGAGCCACAAAAUAGUUCCACUUGCUGUGGCGGGUCCGGAAAUAAGAGUAAUGGUCCGAAAUAGUAUAUCAGAUCUCAGGACUUUAUUGAAUAACAGUGCGCCGAUUUUAAUGCCAGUAUCGACAACAAUUGUAUUACCAACCACAUCAAACGUAGAAAGAAGAGAGGAACCUGAAGAUAUGCCUGUGGCUGAUGAAAGUGAAGUAGUAACCGUACCUGAAAAUGCCAACCUCGUUGCUGUUGCUAAAAAAAGAAUCGCCACUGGAACAACGGCAAAGGCAUUGCAACAGUGCCAAAAAGAGAUGCAAGAAUACAGGAAGACACUCGAAAAACGCGAUGAAAAUCAAGAUAAAAUGUUAUCACAAAUCCUGGAAACCUAUAAAUCAAUAAAAGAUAGACAAGAAGAACAUUUGACCGCAAUAGAAAACCACAGAAAGGAAACUAUUCAACAAAGACAACGAAGAAACGACUUAUUGGAAGAAAAAAAAAUUCAUUGAAAGAAUUUUUAAAUUUAUUUUUAAAAAAUUAACCAGUGUGACGUGGCGACUCUUCUUUUCAGUAAAUUUAGCCGACGAUUAUAUUAUUUUAUUCCAUUUAUUUUCCACUUGUAUUGCAGUCACGUCAUAUCCUUAGUUUUUCAUUUCGUUACUUAUGCGUUUCCACAUUUCUUGUACAGUGUUGAAAACAGCUUUGUAUUAUAUUUGUGAAGUUUAUUGUUUAUUGUUGAU